AUGGCAGAGCCAGUGACGCUGCGCAGGGGCCACCUACGGGGCCCCAUCCUGCAGCUGCGUUACAUGGUGAAGCAGCUGGAGACGGGCGAGGUGAACGUGGAGGAGCUGAAGAGGAACCUGGAGUAUGCCGCCUCGCUGCUGGAGGCUGUCUACAUCGACGAGACGAGGCAGAUGCUGGACACAGAGGACGAGCUGCGGGAGAUGGGCUCGGACGCGGCGGUGCCCUCGGAGGUGCGGGACUGGCUGGCGGCCACCUUCACUCAGCAGGCACGGGCCAAGGGGCGCCGGGCAGAGGAGAAGCCCAAGUUUCGCAGCAUCGUUCACGCCGUCCAGGCUGGCAUCUUCGUGGAGAGGAUGUUUCGCCGGACGUACACGGCCGUGGGGCCCAGCUACUCCACCUCCGUCCUGAACUGCCUGAAGAGCCUCGACCUGUGGUGCUUUGACGUCUUCGCGCUGAACCGGGUGACGGACGAUCACUCCCUGAGGACCAUCGUCUUCGAGCUCUUCACCCGACACAACCUCAACAGCCGCUUCAAGAUCCCUGCUGUCUUCCUGACGACGCUGCUGGACGCGCUGGAGGCCGGCUACGGGAAGUACCGGAACCCCUACCACAACCAGGUCCACGCUGCCGACGUCACCCAGACCGUCCACUGCUUCCUGCUCCGCACCGGCAUGCUGCACUACCUGACGGAGAUCGAGGUCCUGGCCAUCAUCUUCGCCGCCGCCAUCCACGACUAUGAGCACACGGGCACCACCAACAGCUUCCACAUCCAGACCAAGUCGGACUGCGCCAUCCUCUACAACGACCGCUCGGUGCUGGAGAACCACCACAUCAGCGCCGUCUUCCGCAUGAUGCAGGACGACGAGAUGAACAUCUUCGUCAACCUCACCAAGGAUGAGUUUGCGGAGCUGCGGGCGCUGGUGAUCGAGAUGGUCCUGGCCACCGACAUGUCCUGCCACUUCCAGCAGGUGAAGUCCAUGAAGACGUCCCUGCAGCAGCUGGAGCGGAUCGAUAAGUCCAAGGUGCUGUCGCUGCUGCUGCACGCGGCCGACAUCAGCCACCCCACCAAGCAGUGGUCGGUGCACAGCCGCUGGACCAAAGCCCUGAUGGAGGAGUUCUUCAGGCAGGGGGACAAGGAGGCUGAGCUGGGGCUGCCCUUCUCGCCCCUCUGCGACCGCACCUCCACGCUGGUGGCCCAGUCCCAGAUCGGCUUCAUCGACUUCAUAGUGGAGCCCACCUUCUCGGUGCUGACCGACGUGGCCGAGAAGAUGGUGCUGCCUGUUGCCGAGGACGGCACCAAAGCCAAGGGCAACCCGGUGGCCAGCCAGCAGGCCAGCUCGCAGUGGCGGCAGCCGUCCCUGGACGAGCACCUGGAGCUGGGGGACAUCAAAGCCGACCUGGCCGGCUUCCGCUCCACCUGGGCCAAGUACAUCCAGGAGAACAAGCAGAAGUGGAAGGAGCGGGCGGCCAGUGGCAUCACCAACCAGGCGUCCAUCGAGGAGCUGUCGCCUUGCGAGGAGCAGCUGCCCCCGGCCCCUGGCCGGCACAGGCAGAACGGGGACGUGGAAUAGCACUGGGAGGAGCGAGGUCCUCGUCCGGCCAAGUGACGCCGUCUCGCCCAAAG